AGAAAUGAGACGCAGCCUUUCUCCCAGCAUCCUUAGCGGCGGGCUAAGGAAAAUGAAAACGGCCAUGUCGUGUUAGAAAUUAGUUGUGAAACGAGCGAGGCUUACUCACGACAUAACUUGGCACUUCAUGUAAUGUAGUGUUAAAACUUCAGCUCUGAAAGAAAGAUAUCUGACCUCUUCUUUGACACAAACAGAUUGUGGAUUCCAGUUCAGUGCGUUAUUAAAACCAGACGAUAAACAUGAGUGGAGGAGGGACGCCGUACAUUGGCAGUAAAAUUAGCCUAAUCUCCAAGGCCGGGAUCCGCUAUGAAGGAAUUUUGUACACCAUUGAUACGGAAAACUCGACAGUAGCUCUUGCUAAAGUUCGCUCUUUUGGCACUGAAGAUCGGCCCACUGAAAGGCCUGUUCCACCUCGGGAAGAAGUGUUUGAAUACAUCAUCUUCAGAGGGAGUGAUAUAAAAGACCUUACAGUUUGUGAGCCACCCAAAGCCACUAGUUCACUGCCUCAGGACCCUGCUAUAGUUCAGUCUUCACUUGGAUCCAGCAAUGCUGCACCACUACCUUCAUUCCAGUCGGCUGGGCCUUAUGCUCCACUCAGCAAGGCCCCUGUCCCAGCGUACAGCCAGUUUGGUGUCACACCUCUUGCAGCUCAGCAGUUUGGAUCUGCCGGAGGAGGGCGUACCAGUCCUCAGCUGGACUCUUUAACACAUCCCAUCCUUGAGCCCACAGUGCUGGCCCCACCAUCAUCUGCCCCAGCACCACCUGCACCUGUGGGCCAGAGGAGUCAGGCAGCAGCAGCAGCAGCAGCAGCAGCUGCCAGACCCACCAGCAGCACCACUGUGAGCCAGAAUCCCCCAGACCUCCUGGAGCAGAGAAAGGCUCCUGAGGUUCAGAAGGUGUCACAGCCAGAUAUCGAAGGUGCACUUGAAAACCGAGAUCCCAACAAGCGUCAUGCUGCUGGUAUUCAGUCUAACCGGCGUGGCCGUGGAAGAGGAAACCGCAGCAGAGGCAAAGUAAACGUACGUCGGGAUGGCGCCAUGAAGUUUGAAGAAGACUUUGACUUUGAGACUGCCAACGCCCAGUUCAACAAAGAUGAGAUUGACAAGGAGCUUCAGAACAAGCUCAAACUGAAAGAUGACAAGGCUGUGAACGGAGAAGAAGCUGCCGAGUCAGAACACCCAGCCAGUGACGUGACCAACGAGGAGGAGGAGGCUGUCAGCACUUACUAUGACAAGUCCAAGUCCUUCUUUGAUAACCUGUCUGCUGAUGAUUUAAGUAAAGGGGAUGGAAGAGGAUAUUCAAGGGAGCGAAGGACAACCUGGGCAGAAGAGAGACGAAUGAAUGCUGAGACAUUCGGCAUCCCCCUGAGGCACAAUCGAGGAAGAGGAGGUUUCCGUGGCAGGGGCUUCAUGGGGCCCCGCGGAGGCCGAGGGCGGCCGCUGAGCAGAGGUUCUUUCGGGCCACCCCGGGGUCCUCCACCUGGCUUCAGAGGUGGAUUCAGAGGUGGCAGAGGAGGCCGGGAUUUCUCCGAUUUUGAAUACAGGAAGGACAACAAGGUGGCUGCAUAGUGCUGCAGCGAUGGAUCCUCAAAGAAUUGUAGCCCCUUAUCAUGAAAUAAUUCCUGUUGAAGAAAUUCUUUGGUCUCAACAUUUGACAGAAAGAAUGAAGACAUCCUCUCAGUCACCAGCACCAGGGUCGACUGCUUUACAUCAGGGGGUGAGAGUGCAGCUCCCUUUUCUCCACUUCGAGAAUUAGGCUUUUUUUUUUGUCUUGCUUUUUUUUUUUUUUUUUCCCAAAAUUUUGUUUGAUAAGCAGUCACCACAUGGACGAGAAUGUGUAAAUACCUUGCUUUGGAGUAAGUCUGUAUUUUUGCAUCAGUCACAUCCAUUUCUUACUGAAGUUGUCUUUGAUAUUAAAAGCUGUAUGCAGAAAAGCCCACUGAUACUGUGAGUGGAUCACAGCCCAUGUGAUCGAUAGCUUUAUUUUUAAAAUUUUCUUUCAGUUUCUGAUAUUUUGAUGUAUAUAGGCACCAGAAUUCACUGCAUUGCCUGUUGCACCAUAUUUUCUCUGUUCAGACUUGCCUAGUUCAUUUGCCAUUUAUUCAGUAUUCUUUACCCAGUUUGCAGGAAUUAUUUACAUUUCUUUUGAAAAUCCAUUCGUUAUCAAUAAAGUAGUGAGAUCAAAGCCAGCUGAAGGAAACAAUCUGAAAUGAAUAUUGGAAUGAAUGAAUGUAUUUGUGCCCCCAAGCAAAUUGUGGCUCGCCAGACAAACUCAAUGUAGUUUUUUUUAGAAAUGUUCUUCAGUAUUUAGACAUGUGUAGAUCAAACUUUGACCCCUCAAACCUCUCGCAUCAGAUUUAUUUGUUUCUGCUUUAUAUUUUGUAUGCCUGUUUAUGGUGGCAAUCAAUAACAAGCAGCCAUUUGACUGAUAAAUGGGGUUAACGGCAUUAGCUUUAGAAGCAUUUGUUGUCUAGAUGGUUUUUGACAGUCUGUUUUUUUUAUAUAGUUGACUAAAUAAAGAGCAUUCCCAUGAUUUGAAAGAGGAAUAUCCAUAACUAUGAAUGUCUUUCUGAGGAAAGGAAAGUUGAGUGUUUUCAGUUCAAACCUGCUGUCAGAAUGACCUUGAAUAAAGUUAGAUUUGGAUAAAUAAAUGCUCUGCUAUUUUGCCAAAAAGAAUAUAUGAGCAUUUGGUUGAGUUAAAAUAUUUGUCAGCUUAAAAGUAAAUGUUUUCUCAGUUUGGUACCUGUUGAAUCUACCUAUCUAUGUCCAAAACAUACUGAGCCAUCCGUUAAAACGUGUUUAUUUUUGUUAUAAGCAUCCUUUAAAUUGUCUAACAGUUGUGUCGUCUGCAUUGAUUUUUCCACUGCAAAACUGUGCUGGUAGUGUUGUGAGGAUUGUUUACAGAAAAUGGAAAAUCUUGUAUAUGAUUUGAAUGAUGUCUCAAAACAUAUGUUCAACAUUUCUGAUAUCAGCCCUCUGGCUUGUUUGUAGGUCCUCUUGUUGCAUUGUUGUCAAUGGGAUUGUUCUCUGGAGUGAGUUUCUGGUUUUUUUUGUUUUUUUUUACCGACUUGUGAACAAAGGGACGUGACCUGGGUAUGGUGCCAGAGCGUUGGAGGGGAGGGGGGGUAUUUUUUCUCUUUGGCUCUGAAUUGUUAGUACUUAGGGAGUGCCUUCAGCGUUGUGGACUUUUACAAAUCUCCCUUUAACUUAAAGGUUGACAAAAAGUAUUGAUAGCACUACAGGGUGAGACUAGAUCCUUCUCAGUAGCUGUGGUUGUUUAGAACCAAGCAGCCCGGUUGAAAUAUGUGCUGUUUAACUGGAUAUUGCACAGGUUGCUGAUCACUGCAUGAUAGCCGUAGGAACCAUCACUUCAUAUGGGCUUUCGCAAUAACCAGCAAGAUUGAAUUUGAGACAAAAAAAAGUAUUACUGAACUAUUAUAAACUGACACGUUUUCAUAUGUUUGGUACUCCUUCCAGUCUCUGGAAGUGUAAACCAGGUAUUGUUUUCAUGAAAAUAUCAGCAAAAUUGAGUUUUUACGUAAAAUAAAGAGUUGUACAAUA